UCACAGCUCAGUUGCAGCGAGUGGAGCAGAGCCGCGCGCACGCAGAGAUCACCGGCCGUUGCUUGUUAUUAACGUUAAUAACGUUAUCUCUCGCGUCACUCAAGUCCCCAACAUCGACUGCUGCCGCUGCGCAGGAGGAGGACGGGACUGCGGUCCAGGUGCACCGCUGUGAUUGAGAGACAGUGAAGUUUUAACGCUACGGAGAAGAAAAGAGAUGAACCCCCAGCUAACGGACGGCGCCCUGAUUUGUCGACAAGUGUUUAUCUGUUAAACGAAGCUCGCCGACGGCUUUUUAUCGGUGAUGGGAUUCCUUCAGGAGCGACCUGCCGCCUAACGUUAACCCCCUUUAAGGUAUUCUUGUGAAAACAGUAGGCAACUGGAUAAAGAACAUCUCUUCAAAAAUCAGGAUGGACACUAAAGCUGUCAUGUUUUGCAAGUUUUUGAUGCCUAUUCUGAGAACUCACUAACUUUUGGGAGAUAAACUGUUCAUAGUAAGAGGAUUUUAUCACACAGCUUUGGUUUUUCACGUCCCGGCGUUUCAGGAAACGUAAUGGAGACAGAGGAGAAGGACGAUGUGUCACAAAAACCCACAGCUAAUAAAAAGGCAGAACCAAAGGAAGAUGUGAAUUCUGGCCACAUCUGUGGGGUGUGUGGCCGCAGCUUUCCUCUUCUCAGCUCUCUGUCACAGCACAUGAGAAGACACACACGGGAGAAGCCGUACAAGUGUCCGUACUGUGAGCACAGGACGGCUCAGAAGGGCAGUCUGAAGGCUCACAUUCGAAGCCAUAAACUGGGUCUAUUCAGCCAUAACCUCAGUGACAAGGAGGGGAAUGGAAAUCAAGAGCAGAAAGAUAAUGCAGAGACACCUGACGCUCCGGAAAUCGUCAACACAUCUGGCAAAGCUCAUAAUGUCAACGGGAAAGUGAAGAAGAAAGGAAACAAGAAAAAAGUAAAGGGUAAAGACACUGAGGUCGGUGACGAAGCUGAUGAUGGGCCCUGUACCUGCAGCAUCUGUGGCCAGGUUUUCCCUCAGGUACUACGCCUUAAGUCCCAUAUGAAAAAGCACCGAAGCCCCCAGGAUCACGGUUGCCGGAUUUGUGGACGUCGUUUCCGCCAGGCAUGGUUCCUCCAAAGUCAUAUGCGGAUUCACAGAGUCAAAGCCCAGCUAAGAGGUGGCAAAAGCAAUGAGCUGCCUGCCACCAUCAAUGGAGUUCCUCAGGACCCAACAUCGCUGACAAAUGAAGAGUGCCUCUAUGAGCUCUGUGCCGGCUGUGGUAACUUCUUCUAUGACCGUAAGGCAUUGCGAAUGCAUGAAACGCUACACAAACCGAACCACAGCCGCACUCAGACACAAAAUCCAUCACAGGAAGACACUGGCGCCUCGCAGUUGGACAUUACUAAGAGGUGUUUUUUGGAAAGCCUGAACCUCACAUGUGCUGGACCGAGGGAGGCUUCUGAGGAAAAUAGCCUGGGCAGGCGAAUCUCAGAGCUGGAUCCAGUUUGUAGUUACCAAGCCUGGCAGUUGGCCACAAGGGGACGACUAGUGGAGGCCGCAGAGAAAUGUCUGGGAUGGGAGGAGAGGCUGGCAGAUGCCGAGGUAGCAUAUGACACAGAGAAGGGCGAAUAUGUACCCCUGAAGCAGGAGAAGAAGAGGAAGCAAAUUGACACCUCCAGCUCCAACAUUAAGAAGAUCAAGGGUGAUACAAGCCUCGAUCACACAUCCAACAGCUUGGCUCACACUAAAGGUGGUGACAAGAGGAUUUCCCAGAAAGACCGUAUUCUGUUGAACGGACUUGGUCAUGCGUUUUAUGAGGCGCUGCAGACUAAGAAAGUCAAAGAUGUCCGCCUGACACCUAAACAGACCAACAGCACCAGGGGCCCAGACCAGGAGGAUAAAAAGACGUACUUCUGUGAGCACUGUGAUUUCCACACUGUCGACGCCUCACUACUCAGGUCACACCUGCACAGGCAGCACCAGGACUUCCUGAGUCCCUACAGCAAACACAGCACCGUGUUGAACAACAUUAACCAGAGUGGUUCCAAAGCCUCAAGAUACAUGGACUACCUCAGAAACAGGAGUGCGCUGCUCAGUCAGCCAUACUGGAAUCCUUACACGUGUCCGCUUGGCCAGGGGUCAGCAGAGUCCUGCAUUAAAACAGAAAAGCCAAAUGGUGCUGAGAUCAAAGGACAAGGACAUACUACUAAUGAUGCUGGAAGUCUCCUUAAUUUGUCUUCAUUACCCAUAAAUGAAGGAGACGGCACUGUAAAUGAUCCCAUAAAGACAGAGGGCCUGGUCAGACAUCAGUGCCCAUACUGCUCCCACACCACUAACUAUCCAGAAGUACUGUGGAUCCAUCAGCGAGUUGCACACAGGGUGGACAGCAGCAGUUCCAUGGCACCCAAGUGGGCACCCUGCACCAACAGCCUCAAGAGUUUAAAGGCAGGUGCUACCCAGUGGCGACGUACAGGGCCUCCACCAUUCCUCGAGGGCAAGGACUGCCCUGCUUUACCUGCUCCAAGAACUCAGCGCACACAGCCUCCAGGUUUGACAACCCACAGCAGCAGCAGCAGCAGCAGCAGCAGCAGCAACAAGCACUCAGCCCCCAAGAGCCAAUCAGGCACCCCAAAGUCCAAGCAUCCGGCUAAGGACUCACGCUCCUCAGAUGGGACACAGUCUAGUGGGAGGAUGGGACUCCUACCUCAGAAGAAGUCUGGUGAGCAUAACCGGGCAGAGAAAGCAGGAAGUAAAAGCUCCAGCACCCAAGCUACUUCAUCAAGCAGUAUUGUGCACAACAAGAGUGCCCCAAGUUUCCAGCCUACAAGCAGCCCGAAACACAGAGGCCACAGAGCUGCGGUGGAAGGAAACUUCCCACAGGAGGGUUUGGGUUUCAUGUUGGCCAGAAAUCAUGGCGGGACUUCAUCUAACGCUUCUGCAGAUAGACCCCAUUCCCGCAGGCACUCAUGUGACUCCUCCUCAGGUCCCAAGGGUCCUGAUCUGUGGGCUGCCAUGAACAUGUGGGGUCACAAAGCAUAUUUAGAACCCCUCCGCUAUGCUCAGGUAAAGAAUGACUCAACAGGAGAAAUGCCAAUGGACACUGAUAUUUUGAGUCUCCUAAAAAAUUACACUCCCCUCGAUCUGGCUGCUCAUUACCAGCAAUGGAGGUUCGUUGAUCCGAGGAUUGAUCCACAAGCAAUGUUGCAGUUAAUUGGAAAUUUUGGAAAAGAAGUCCACUCCACCUCUGAAGCUUCCAAACAAGUGAACAGCCACUCCACUUCCUCCUCAGGGUCUCUCCAUAAAGGAACGUGAAGAUACACUGUGUUCCUGCUGGCUUCCAGCCGGCACGACACUGCUGAACAAAUCGGCCUGCUGUUCUUUAAAGGAACCAGCCAUAACUCCUAAAAGACAGAGGCACUGGAUAAUGCACAAUACAUGCAAAGCAACAAGGAGGACUGUUAUUAUUUUGUAAUAUGGUUGUUUAAUUUGAAGUGUUACGCAUGCUUUUGUUUGUGUAGAUGUUAGUUACCAAAACACACAUGGAGAUAUUGUUCUAUGGAAAUGAGGUAUGAACUGUUUUAGUUUAUUGUGAACACAAACACUUAGGGGGGAAACGAAAUGUGAAGUUACGUUUGCGAAAGGAUAAAGAGGACGUAUUGGCUAAAGGCCCACAGAUAUCUGCUGGGUUUGAGUGAAAACAUUUAAAAAACACCAAAUGUUAAAAACCAGGAUGCCACGAGAAAUAUUCUGAAGUACUUCAAAAGAUGUAAAGUCUGACCUGAAGAUUAUACAUCACUUUUACCUCUCUCUAUGUAGGUGUCAGUUUGUUGUUUUUUUAUAGAGCCUGCGAACUUGUAAAUCAUCCUUUUUUGGUUUUUGGUUUAGAGUUAGCAUUUGAUUAUCACCAUCACCACGCUAUGACAAGUAUAAUGCUGGUAAAAUCUGAAGCGUCAAAGUCAAGCAAAGGUUGACAUUUACAGUUUUAACUAAAAAUGAACAAAGUCAUCAUCUCACUGUGAGGCACUAUGGGGUGGUUUAAUUACAGCUAAAUCAGGAUUUAGCAGUAUAAGCUCAUAACCCCACGCACAUAAAAGGGAUAGUACAGAUUUUUUUGAAGUGGGGUUGUAAGAGGUACUUUUCUAUAGUCAGUGUAUUACCUACAGUAGAUGACGGUUGGCAUGCCCUCACUUUGGAGAAGCAGACAGGAGUCCCACCUCAGGAGCUAAGCAAUGCACUGCUGUGGACACGGGCAGCAGCAAAAUGUAUUUUAGCCACCCAAAAAAAAAAUCAGUUUGCCUGGAGACAGCUCUUUUCAACUGUGAAGCUGGUAUCUAUGCUCUCUUCAAAGCCACCAGACUCCUUUGACAAAAACAGUAAGUUUACCACACAAUACAGGAGUUGCUGGUCUACUGCUGCCUUGAAUGGUUAGUUUAUGUCAGUGUGUGAAUCUGGUGUUUUUGUGUUAUUGUGUGAGGUGUUUUAAAGGGCUAGUUCGGAUUCACCAAAGUCACGCAGUAACAGAAACAAACUAGCUGAUCGAGGCAGUGGUAGACCAGCAACUCCUGCUUUCUGUGAGGUAGAAUUACUGGUUUUGUCAAUGGCUUAAUAAUAAUUGCUUCAGUUUCCUGUCAAAAAUGUCUGACGGCAAGAAAAAGCAGUCAAAAUAUUCUAAAAAUAGCGUACACUUAAGCUGAUAUUAAUAUGUUGUAGAUUGCUGAAUAUGUUUUGCUCAUGCCCCCAUAAUAUUCAGGUAAUACGCCAACUAUGGAUAAGUACCUCAUACAACCCCACUUCAAAAAUUCUGAACUAUCCCUUUAAGAUAAACAGGACACACUGGUAUGACUUCAACUCAAAUAACUGGAAAAAAAUUCUCAUAACAUUAUGUUUGCAACGUUUUUACAAGCUUUUUGUACAAAUACUACAAAACCUUUCCGCACUUUUGACAUAGCAUGAUCAUACCCAAAGCAACUUGAUUUUCUUUAUAUGUUAAUUCACUCUGGGUCACUGUAUAUCCAAAUACACCCACAUUGAUUAGUGCUUAAGGGGUUCUCCAGUAUAUCAACCAUCUUCUGCUACAAUCUGUAGUGCCAGUGGCCAGGUUAACCAACCACUCACUUCCAGUUUAAAGCCUCAGAUUAUACUACUUAAAGGAGCAGUGUGUAGGAUUUAGUGGCAUCUAGCUGUGAGGUUGCAGAUUGCAGCCAACUGAACACCGCUCUGCUCACCACAGGGCGCACAAGCAGCAACCUCUGGGGCUGAAAAAGGAAGCCAACGCAGAGGUGCCAAAAAUUGCAGUCCCUUGAAUGGCCACUUGAGGCAAGCCCCAAAAGCGAGUCAAUCCUCCCAAACAACCACAUAAAAAUGCCCAACUUUACAGCACAGAUAAAGCUAAUUUCCCUGUUCAUGACAUCUGGAAGGGGGGGUGGAUUUUUAUAUAAGUCACCUGUUUAAAUUUGUCCAAAUAUGGUCACCUCAGGUCAUAUCUGGUUCCAAAAAUCUAAGAUGCCGACAGCCAAAAUGCCAAACUCAGGGCUUCAAAACGGCAUCCACAAACCAAUAGCUGACAUCACAGUGGCUACAUGCGUUAUCUUAGUACAGUAUAUGUGCAAAAGCCCAUCUCUAGAGCCAGUGCUUGGUUUGUCUGUUCUGGGCUACUGUAGAAACGUGGAGGACUGUGUUGAGGAGGACCCACUCGUGGAUAUUAUAUUCCAUUUCUGCCAAUAGAUCCCUCUAAAUCCAACGCACUCAACCUUUCAUGUAAAUCAGCAAUAACUAUCCUUGUGUUUUUAAACGGUUACUUAAUCCAUGGUAAAUCCAUAACCACUGACAAACCUAAGAUCCAGAAGAGACAAUCAACUAAUGUGAAAAAAACAAACAGAAAUAUUGGUGGCCAUUAUCGUAGCCAGUCUGUCAAGCACGUUUGUGUCAAAAGGACUGAUUAACAACAAAAUGUGGUGUCCUGCUUUAUGAUUAAGUUUGAAAUAUAAAUGCUAUAAUCUGUCCUUUUAUUCUUCGAUCAGAAAGAUGGUCUAAACAUCUGCACUCAUUUCACAUUGUGCUAGUGACGUAGCAAUUUAAUGCUGUGAUUUUUUUUUUUUUAGAAGUAGAAACUGUAGCGAUAACUUUUACUGACGUGGCCCUGACCUCCAUCUGCCAGUCGUGCUACUGAAGAGGCUACAAAGUAUUUUGUUUUUGACUUUUUGAACUCACCUCAUUCUGACAUUUGUUUUCAUGUGUUUUCUGUUUGCAGAUUUGUUUAGUAUGUUUAUAUUUUUUAGUUCUGGGUCAGUGUAUUCAUCUCCCAUAGAGAAGUAGUCUAUGCAUUUGACAAAAAGCCAUCAACUUAUGGAUUCUUGGGAGAUCUUGAGAAUACAUAAUUUAUUAUUGACCUUGAUCUGUGUGGAAAACUGUUUUUUUUUUUUUUUUUUGAUAAAUAUUGUAAAUGACUGUUUUAUUUAUUGGUAUUUUUGUUCGCUAAGAGUGUAAUUUUAACACUCAUAAGUACUUGAUAUUUGUAGUAACAAGAGAAAAUGUCUUUCAGUGACACACUUGGGGUCAGACUGCAGGGUCAGUUGGGAGUGAUGCUCCUGCAGGAGGAGUUAUUGAGCCUGUGAUGCAGCAGCUGUCUGUAAUAUAAAGACAGCUGAGCAGGCGAGGAGUGACAGGAGACAAUGAAACAGUGAUUUUUAUGCAAGCCUGAACUUUUAUGCAAACCUAAAGCUUAAAAUUGAGCUGUAACAGGGUUCAUUUUUUGGUGACAAUGUAAACUAUGUUUCAUAGUAAUAAUAUGUUGGUAUCAGAAUUUCUAUUUUCACCAGUUCCACAUUUUGUCUG